UGGACGUAGGAGAGGUUGAGAGGCCUCACAACGAUGCACUAAUGAUAACCGCUCAAGUGUCAGGAUACGAAGUACAGAGAGUGUUUGUCGAUACUGGGAGUUCAGUGAAUGUAAUAUUCUAUGAUUGUCUCAAGAGGAUGGAGCUAGACAUACAACUCACACCCCUCCAUACCUCGCUGUUCGGUUUCAACGGGUCAGAAGUCACGCCCCUUGGAGAGGCCAUGCUCGCUGUCGUCCUAGGGGAAGGCGACUUGCGGAAGGUAAAAAUGGUGAGAUUCGUGGUAGUCGACGUCGAGUCAGCUUACAAUGUGAUCCUGGGAAGGCCCACGCUUAAUGCAUUUCAGGCUGUGGUGUCGACUUACCACAUGAAGUUGAAAUUUCCAGUCGGAGACCAAGUGGGAGAAGCUAGAGGUGAUCAAAAUUUGUCGAGAACUUGUUAUCAAAUCGCGGUGAAAACCAACCAGCGAGCCGAGGUUAAGGAAGGGAAGAAGUCAAUGUCAAGCGAGAAAAGGCCGAGGAAUAGUGACCUUGAGCCACACGGGGAGUUGAUGGAAAUACAAAUUGGAGAAACGGAGGAACAAACCACUAAGAUCGGAAAAGACUUAAGAAACGAGCUGCGAGACCAACUCAUCGCAUUACUAAAGGAAUUCAGGGAUGUUUUCGCCUUCACCCCUGAGGAGUUGACGGGGAUCGACCCUACCAUUAUGGAGCAUAAACUCAACGUCGACCCCCUCAGAAAGCCAGUAAAACAACGACUUAGACACCAUGGAGGAGAAAUCGACAAAGCCAUUGAAGUCGAGGUGGAUAAGUUGCUGCGAGCAGGGCACGUCAAGGAAAUCCAAUUCCCCGAUUGGAUAUCCAACACCGUAAUGGUAAGAAAGGCACUAAACAAAUGGCGUAGUUGCAUCAAUUUUCGCGAUUUAAACUUGGCCUGCCCAAAAGAUCAUUAUCCCUUACCGCGGAUUGACCAGCUAGUCGACUCCACGGCUGGUUGCGAGUUGCUGAGCAUGAUGGAUGCAUCCCAGGGAUACCAUCAGAUUCCAUUGGCCCCUGAAGAUCAGAGUAAGGUGAGUUUUGUGACGAGCAAAGGGACGUACUGCUAUGUCGUUAUGCCCUUUGGGCUUAAGAAUGCGGGAGCAACCUACCAGCGAUUGAUGGAUCGUAUGUUCAAAUCACAAAUCGGGCGAAAUAUCAAAGUAUAUGUGGACGAUAUCUUGGUGAAGAGUAAGUCCUCAGCAUCACACUCAGGCGAUUUAAGAGAAACAUUUAAAACCCUUCGGGCGUUUGGAAUGAAGUUGAACCCAAGCAAGUGCGCCUUUGGAGUAAAAGCAGGUCGAUUCCUGGGGUAUAUCGUCACAGAGCGAGGAAUCGAAGUAAACAGGGAGAAGGUGAAAGCCAUACUCGACAUGGCCUCGCCAAGAAAUAUAAGAGACGUGCAAGUACUCACAGGAAGGAUUGCGGGGCUAAGCAGGUUCAUUGCUCGGGCCGCAGAAAGAAGCUUCCCAUUCUUCAAAUUACUCAAAAAGAAGUCGGCUUUCUUGUGGAGUGACAAGGCACAAAUGGCCUUUGACAAAUUGAAAGAAUUCUUUGGCGAACUACCUUUGUUGACAAAGCCCGAGCCCGGCGAUGAGUUGGUACUAUAUAUAUCGGUGGGCUCGGUAUCGUUAAGUUUAGUGCUAUUACGAGAGGAAGGGGGUGUCCAACAGCCAAUUUACUAUACCAGUCGAGUUCUUCAGGGUGCGGAGGCGAGAUACUCUGAGAUCGAGAAAGCCGCCUUAACGCUGGUGAUAACGACCAGAAAACUGAGGCCAUAUUUCCUAAACCAUGUGGUAUUAGUCAGGACGAACUUUCAACUAGGCGAAACACUGGGCCGGCCUACGGUAUCAGGUCGACUCGUCAAGUGGGCAGUCGAGCUGAGCGAAUAUUCAAUCAAGUACGAGCCGAGGCGAGCCAUAAAGGCUCAAGCCCUAGCGGAUUUCAUCCAAGAAGGUACCAAGGGGGAAGAAAAGAAAUGGGUCAUGCACGUUGAUGGGUCCUCGGCGGCUAAAGGGUCCAGUCUCGGAAUC